UUCAUCAGCUAUUGUGAACGACAAACAAUUUUUAUGUUGCCGGCGUUGUUGUUGUUGUUGCAGCGGCGUCAUUUCAACAGCUGUUUUCUAGCCAAACAAUUUAUUCUCGUGUUUAUAAAUUUAUAAACUUAAGUUUUUGAACAAAAAUUAAUAACGAAAAUGCGCGAUAUUGAAAUUUUGGAUCCCAGAAAUCUUGUGAAGAAUCGUGAAAUCCUAUAUAGACUUAUUAUAAGUCAAUUGAUGUACGAUGGCCUGGAAAAAUUUGCAAUGGAACUCUCUAUGCUCGUGAAAGCAGAUGAAUGUGCUCCCAGCGAACGCCUGUUACAUGUUAUGAUCGCUGGCAUGCAGGCUACAACUGAAAAACCUAUAGCUCCUAAGGACGACGUGCUGCCUGGCAUUGAUUUGGAGUUCGAACCUGAAGCGUCUGCGCUAGCACCUGAGCCAGCUUCUUAUGAAACUGCUUAUGUUACAUCGCACAAGCAAUCAUGUCGUGCGGGUGCAUUUAGUCACGAUGGUACAUUGGUUGCCACUGGUAGUGUAGAUGCUAGUAUAAAAAUUUUAGACGUUGACCGUAUGUUGGCUAAAUCAGCACCAGAAGAUAUAGAACCAGGACGAGAACAACAAGGUCACCCAGUUAUUCGUACACUUUAUGAUCACACAGAUGAGGUGGCCUUUUUGGAAUUUCACCCAAGAGAACACAUUUUGGCUUCUGGUUCGCGUGAUGGUACCGUAAAACUCUUCGAUAUAGCCAAACCUUCAGUGAAAAAGGCACACAAGGUAUUCACCGAUUGCGAACCGGUAAACUGCUUAUCAUUUCAUCCCACCGGCGAUUAUAUAGCUAUUGGUACAGAACAUUUCGUUCUGCGAGUUUAUGAUGUACACACUUCGCAGUGCUUUGUAAGUGCAAUACCAUCACAACAACACAAGGCAGCUGUGACAUGCGUAAAAUUUGCACCAACAGCAAAGUUGUAUGCUACAGGUAGUUUAGAUGGUGCCAUAAAAAUAUGGGAUGGAGUCAGUGGACGUUGUAUCAAUACUAUACCGGAAGCACAUGCUGGUGCUGAAAUUUGCUCACUAGAGUUUACGAGGAAUGGAAAGGUAAUAAAAAGUUUGUAUCGAAAGAUACCUUGCAAUCAGAAUACUGCGUCAAACUAUUUUGCAAACUAUCUUCUGAGGUAGUUUUGAAAAAAAAAAGGAAAUGUCGGUUAGUCAGGCAGUUUCUGCAAUGCACUUUCGAGUGAAUCUCAACCUUAUUCAAUUUGAAAUCA